UCUCGCGCUCAGUCUGGCUUUGACAUUUGAAGCGAGAAAUGUUUGUGGCAAAGAUUUUGUUGGUCUGUGCGGCUGUUGCGCUGGUCAGCGGCAAUCCCCAGGGAUUUGGUGCACCGCGCGAGCUAACCGGCGACGACCUGGAGCAAUCGAGGGCGAAUUUGGAGAGCUCGCUCACUAAGCUGGCAGCUGGCAGUGGACCCUACUAUCGUGUUUCAAGGAUUCUAUCGGCUAGUACCCAGGUCGUUACUGGCACAUUGAACAGAUAUAAGGUGGAGCUGAUCGAUACGAAUAACGAGACGAAGGUGUGCGAUGUGGAGAUCUGGAGCAGAACCUGGCUGCCCAAUGGCGUGGAGGUGACCUUCGACUGUCCCAACGAAGCCAAGGAAGUCAGGAAUCAUAGCGCCUAAGCGUCAGUUAUUAUAAAUAAAGAUUGUGAAGCAUUGCAAGGCAAUCAAAUUCA